UCCCCGGCUCCAGUUACCUCCCCUCCCCCCCGUGUGACAGCCCCCUCCUCCUUGUUUGCUGCUGGUGAUGCGCCCCGUGCUCUGCCAUACUGCAGCCUGAGAACUUCCCGGCCGCGGAGGAGCAGUGCAGGUCAAGAUUACUGAGCUCAGAGCUGGACACCCUUACCCACAUCGCACUGAGCAUGUGCAAGGCGAGAAGCAGAUGAUGCAUAAAGGAAGAAGAUCUGUGAUCUCAGUCACAUUGUGGCACUCUCCAGACAGCGCUUUUCAUUUUGAGAUCAUGGAUUUGUGAUUGGGCUGUUGCUUCUUCUCCAUUACAACCGUUGGGCCGUAACCAGUAUUUUCUGCGUGUGAACAUUUCCUUGGAGAUGGCAGUGUACCUUUUAAGUGCGCUUGUGUGUUUUGUACUAAGGACUUCUGAGGCGUUUGCGUUGGAGCCGAGACUCACAUGGCAAGGAACAGAAAUUAGCCUAACUCGUUUUCACGUGCCAGAAGUAUAUAACUAUUCCACAUUGUUGCUGAGUGAUGAUGGGGGUAUUCUGUACAUCGGGGCCCGGGAAGUGAUUUUUGCCGUAAAUUCACAGAAUAUAUCAGAUAAGAAGCAUGAGGCUUACUGGAAGGUUACUGAAGGUAAAAAUGAGGAGUGUUCUCGAAAAGGAAAAUCCAAACAGACGGAGUGUCUGAACUACAUUCGUGUGUUGCAGCCUUUUAAUGAAAGUGCUUUGUUCGUGUGUGGAACCAACGCUUUUCAGCCCGUCUGCGACAUACUGGAGUUGAAGAAUUUUAAGCUGCUGGGUAGAAAUGAAGAUGGUAGAGGAAGAUGUCCAUUUGACCCUGCACAAAGUUACACUUCGGUAAUGGUUGAUGGAGACUUGUACUCUGGAACUUCCUUUACCUUCCUUGGCAGUGAGCCAAUCAUAUGUAGACACUCCCAACAGCUAAGCAACUUGAGGACAGAAUAUGCAGUACCUUGGCUUAACGAACCCAGAUUUGUGCAUGCGGAUGUGAUCAGGGCACCCGAGCAUAACCCGGAGGGGGACGAUGACAAGAUUUAUUUCUUCUUCACCGAAGUGUCUGUGGAGUAUGAAUUUUUCAACAAGCUUCUGAUACCAAGAAUAGCCAGAGUUUGCAAGAGCGAUCAGGGAGGUCUGCGGACUUUACAGAAGAAGUGGACCACGUUUCUCAAAGCCAGGCUGAUUUGUCACUCACCAGAAAACAACUUGAUUUUCAAUGUUGUCAACGAUGUGUUUAUCCUGAAAUCGCCAACAUUAAAAGAACCCGUUAUCUAUGGAGUUUUUACUUCUCAUCUAAACAAUGUUGGCAUGUCGGCAGUUUGUUCGUACAGUUUAUCAAGUGUGGAAGACGUCUUCACAAAGGGAAAGUACAUGCAGAGCGCCACAUUGGAACAAGCACACACUAAAUGGGUGCAGUUUAAUGGGGAAAUACCAAAACCACGACCUGGAGCAUGUAUAAACAAUGAAGCUAGAGCCAUGAACUACACUAGCUCACUAAACCUCCCAGACAAGACAUUGCAGUUUGUGAAAGACCACCCUCUAAUGGACGACUCUGUGGCUCCCAUUGGAAAGAAACCCAAGCUUGUGCAUCAAAAUGUGACCUAUACUCAGAUAGUUGUAGACCAAGUGAAAGCGUUGGAUGGGAACACUUAUGAUGUCAUGUUUAUCAGUACAGAUAAAGGUCUGUUGCACAAAGCAAUCAGCCAUAACACCGAGAUGCGUAUUAUUGAAGAAAUAGUCCUAUUUCCUGAUUAUCAGCCAGUCCAGACGUUACUGCUUUCAGACAAGCAGAGCAAAAGAUACAUCUACGCUGGAUCAAACACCGAGGUGGUGCAGUCUCCUGUUGCUUUCUGUGAGAAGCUCACUUCUUGUGCAGAGUGCAUACUGACAAGGGAUCCUUAUUGUGCUUGGCACCCGGUUAAGAAUUCUUGUGUUGAUAUCCUUGAGGAGAGGAACACUGACAGGCCCUUGAUUCAGGCAUUAAAUGGAGACGCAUCUCACUGCCCAGAUUCUGCUGAUAAAGGAAUCCGAGAAAGUAUGAGGUACACGGUGAAGGCAGGAAGCACGGUAGAGCUGAAAUGCUCUUACAAGUCUAAAUUGGCGUCAGUGUUUUGGACAUUCAAUAAUGAAACCUUGAAAAUAAGCCUACCCAAAUAUCUUCUGCACAGUACUUUAGUAAUAUUCAACGUGGCCGAGGGGGAUGCAGGCACUUAUCAGUGCUGGUCACAAGAGGUCAUAUUGGACAAAGUGUUUUCUCAGGUGGUUAUGACACAUCAUUUGGCCAUUGAAAGGACACCACUCCCCCUGACCAGCACAACGCAAUCUACAACACGAAGGGAAGAAACCAUGAAGACCACUCGCUUUUAUACAAUCGCAAAGGAGAAGACCACCAAGAUGUCAACAACUCAAGCAAUGACACCAUUUGUUGGUGUAACCCACUUUAAUAACAAAAUAACACCUACAGAAUCUCUGAUAGAGGUAUUCAGCUCCAUGUCUGAUGUUGGGGUUGGGAAAGCUUUGUACUUGACCAACAACAAUGAUUGCUCUCUCCUUAUCAUCUUGGUCAUCGUGUUCUUUUUUCUUUUCCUUUUGUUGUUGACGUACAAUUGCUACAAGGGAUUUCUACCAGCCACCUGUCUAAAGUAUCGUGAUGCUAUGGUGCAUAGCAAGAAGAAGACUCCUCUCAACAUGAAAGAUUGUGAACAAGGUGUUAAAGAAACCUUAGUAGAGAAAGUGUGCACUGAGAACCAAUGUGGAGGAACUCAGAAAGCACCUCAGGAUACCGGUUAUGAGACGGAACCGGACUGUAGCAAUGGGAACAUUACUCAUAAAGAAGAUGAGAUGACUUCGGAAACAGAAAAGGACCAACCAUUCGAUGUGAAGUGCGAAAUAAAAUAUGCUGAUUCCGAUGGUGACUGAAAAUCAAACUUCUUGGGAAUUAAGCAUUCUGAGCCAUAAGCAAUAGGGCUUUUUUGCAGUCCACUGCCCAGCUUCACUCCAUUUCAGAAAAGAUGUGUGGCUAUUGGGAUUGUCCACCUUAUCAAGGCCCUGGAUUAUACUGGUUUAGGCCUCU